AUGCUACUUCCUAUCUCCGGGUACGAGAAAGAAGAGUUGGUAUCACUCGAAGAAGCUGUUCGACCAAUCACAGCCUUACUCUAUGAUCUUGAUACAAAAGUCUAUAUUGCAAAACGAAAUUCACAAAAGCCAGCAGAUAGUCUUACUUGUGAUCAAUCGGCUUCUAUUAAUCUUUAUACAAUUGAAUGGGAAGAACCUCAUGAUAGUUUAUAUACACUUCUUAAUCGAACACUUCGUUCUGCAGAAAGAAAGGCACUCAAACCCUGGUUUUCCUAUCUAAAACUAUUUCUCACCGCUUUAUACAAAUUACCAUCUGUAAAAGGCGUUAUCUGGCGUGGUAUUCGAGAUGAUGUUUACGAUCAAUAUAACAUCGAUCAAGUAUGGUGGGGUGUGAGUUCAUGCACAGAAACAAUGCAAGUUAUGGAACGAUUUGUUGGUCGUUCAGGUGUACGUACCUUGUUUACUAUAGAAUGUAUUUCAGGCAAAGCAAUUGGAGCACAUUCAUUUUUCAAAAAUGAAAAUGAAAUUGUUCUUAUGCCCGGUACCUAUCUUCGUGUUGUAGCUAAAUGGAGCCCAAGUGAAAACUUGUAUAUGAUUCAUUUACGUGAGACAAAUUCACCAUAUCAAUUUGUUGUAUCUCCUUUCGGCAAGGAAUCUAAUCAGACGAAUGGAGCAGAUUUGAUACAAGACUUAGAACAUUCAGAAUAUCGACCACGGUCAAUCAAUUUUGCUGGUAGAAAACUGUCCGAUGCAGAUAUUGAAAAGAUUGUAAAAGACAAAAUCAUCAAAACUCAUUGUACACAAUUAAAUCUAUCAGGAAACAAUCUGACAUGGUAUGGAUGUUGGGCCAUUGCUAAUGCAUUACGAACUAACACAAUUCUAAUUCAAUUGAAUCUUUCAGAGAAUCAAAUUUUACAUGAAGGUACAAAAUAUCUUGCCGAUGCAUUAUUCGAAAAUACAGUACUUACACAACUAAAUUUAGGAUCGUGUCAAAUAAAAGAUAAUGGAGUGCAAUAUCUAGCUGAUGCAUUACAACAAAAUACAACACUAACUCAAUUGAAUCUCGAACAGAAUGGCAUUACCGACAAAGGAGCAUAUUAUCUGGCUGAUGUAUUUAGAGCUAAACGAAAACUUACUAAACUUCAUCUUGGAGCGAAUGAAAUUACCGAGAGAGGAAUGAAACAUCUUGCUGAUGCAUUAAGAAUAAAUCGAACACUAACUGAAUUAAAUUUCAAACAGAAUGAAAUAGGAGACGAAGGAUUAAAAUAUUUAGCCGAUGCCUUAAAAACUAAUCGAGCACUCAUUCAAUUAGAUCUUACAUCGAAUAAAAUAACAGAAAAAGGAACUCUCAUGCAAUUAGAUCUUGGUUCGAAUAAAAUAAUAGAGAAAGGAGGACUAUAUUUAGCUGAUGCUUUACGAAAUAAUAGAACACUCAUUCGUCUCGAUCUUAAUAGUAAUCAAAUCGCUGACAAAGGAUUAAAACAAAUUGCUGAUGGAUUAAGAAAUAAUACAACCUUAACACAACUCGAUCUUGCAUACAAUAGAAUUACAGAUAUUGGAAUACAACAUCUCACUGAUACAUUAACAACUAAGAGAAUACAAAGACUUACUCGACUAGGUCUUGGAGGAAAUGAAAUUACAGAUAAUGGAAUACAAUAUUUGAGUGAAGCAUUAUUAAUUAAUCGGAAACUAAUUCAACUAGAUCUUGAAUCGAAUAGAAUUUCAGAGAAGGGUGCUCAACGUUUGGCUGACGCUUUAAGAGUUAACAAAACAUUAAUACAAUUAAAUCUUGGAUCAAAUAAAAUUGCAAAUAAAGGAGUACAACAUAUAGCAACUAUAUUACGAACCAACAAAACCAUUACUCGAUUAGAUCUUAGUGGUAAUCAAAUUACAGAGAAUGGUAUACAGCAGUUAGCUGAUGCAUUACAUAAUAAUAUGAAUCUCAUUGAACUUAAUCUUUGGUGCAAUCCGAUGAUGGAUGAAGGAGUUCAACAUCUGGCUAAUGCAUUGACAAAUAAUCGGACAAUUACUAAACUAGGUCUCGAGCGAAGCGAAAUUACAGAACAAGGUACAAAACAUCUAACUUGUGCAUUAUACAAUAAUACAAGCUUAACUCAACUCAGUCUUUGGGGCAAUCAAGUAGGAAAUAAAGGUGCACAAUAUUUAGCUGAGAUGUUAUUCGUUAACAAAACACUCACUCAGUUAGAUCUUGGAAAGAAUGAAAUUACGCAUGAUGGAGCACAGAACCUAGCUGAGGCUUUACGAAGUAAUAGGACACUCACUCGUCUAGAACUUGAAUGGAAUCAAAUCAAACAAGAAGGAGUGCAAUAUUUGGCCGAUGCCUUACAAGUUAACCAGACACUUAUUCGUCUGAACGUAUCAAACAAUCAAAUUACAGAAGAAGGACAACAGCGACUCAUUGAUGCAUUACAAAAUAAUAUGAGUGAAUUACGACGAAUGAGAUAA